AUGCAGAUUCCUAUCGUUGCGUGCGUUUUGCUAUACGCCAACCUAGCGCUAGGUGCGCCGGGUACGCUCAUGCGUCGCCAGCGGGCAGCUGAGCGUCUUGCUGAGAGGAAACUUUCUCGUUCUUCCAACAUCCUCCAGCCUGCUGAGAAUGAAGUUGCCGUUGCCUCUACUGGGAACGAUACGGCCCACCCCGAGUACAGUUCCAACUGGGCCGGUGCUGUUCUCAUAGGCAGUGGCUAUAAGACGGUAACCGGUAGCAUUGUCGUCCCUACCCCGAAGACCCCGUCAGGUGGUAGCAGCUCGCAACAAUACUCGGCUUCCGGGUGGGUGGGCAUUGAUGGAGAUACAUGUGCGACUGCCAUUCUGCAAACUGGUAUCGACUUUACAGUUCGAGGGUCAUCUGUGUCUUAUGAUGCGUGGUACGAAUGGUACCCUGACUACGCUUAUGAUUUCUCUGGCAUUACCAUCAAGGCCGGCGAUACCAUCACUAUGACUGUUACUGCAAGCAGCAAGUCUGCAGGAACUGCCGUGAUCGAGAAUGAGACGACAGGGCAGAGGGUCAGUCACAGCUUCUCUGGAGAGACUGAUGCCCUAUGUGAGACAAACGCUGAGUGGAUUGUGGAGGAUUUCUCUAGUGGAGGCAGCUUGGUUAACUUUGCCGACUUUGGGACUGUCCAGUUUACAGGAGCUUCAGUUAACGGUGGUACUGGAGUGAGUGGUGCGACGAUCAUUGAUAUACAGCAAAACGGCAAAGUCUUAACGGACUGCUCAACAUCUGGGUCAAGCACUGUAGUCUGUGAAUACACUGGUUAA